CUCUGUUUUUGUUGUGGUGUCCUGCAUGUGCAAAAGCUAACAAUCUACUGUAAGUACGUGGGAAAUUUCUUAAGAGAGUUUACCACUGCUUCAUAUACAAUGUAAGCUGCGUCGGGCUUUAUUUUGCAUCUGUAGUUUAGGUUUUUGACAGGACAGAAGACGUGUUUUGUUUUGGAUGAGCUAGCGACUGACAAGUGGGCGGGGUGCAUGAUUAUUGUUAUGUAAACAAGGGAUGAUUUGAAUUGUAUUUAUCACCCACUGAAGAUCAUAAGCAUACUUCGAAUUAUUGCGACGUUAAGGAAAAAAAGAUGGAAGGUGAUAAGCCUACUGUGGGAAGCGAUGAGAUUUUGAGGAAACUAAAGCCUCGACUGAUUGAGAUGAUGAUUGGAGAGCCCGACUUCCUUCUAACACACAGCGACUCUCUCGGUUUACUGACACGGGAAGAGUACACUAACAUAAAGUCUAUUCAAAAACCGUCCGAAAAAUUGCGAGAUAUUUUUGAUACUGUUAUUGGAAAGGGCAGUUCCGAAUCGAACACCCUCCUUCGUCGCAUGCAAGAGGAAGAAUUCCAGGAAACCUUUCCAAAACUGGAGUUUCUGAAGACGACCCACAUCGGCACCACUACCACUGAGAAAUGUGGUACCAAAAGACCACAGCCAAUGCCAACAGAAGAGCCUCCCCUAAAGCAGACAUGCACAAACACUGUAGUGAGCGAAAAACAGCUGAUGCUGGUCGCAGCGAAGAUGAGGCGUCAUUGGAAGCAGUUCGGCAGAAUGGCGCUUAUUAUCAAAACAACAAAGUUGGAGCAAAUCGUUGACGAUAACCCCAACAACGUGGUAGAGCAGGUGUUUGCCAUGCUACGUGUCUGGAAAAUGCGUGAGCGUUCAGAAGCCACUCCUAAGCGCCUCCACACUCUGCUGUCUGAAGGGGACUGGGCACUGGACCCUGAAGACAUCGACUUUCUCCUCAAUGAUUCUUGAUCAGAUUUGUUAUUGGAGAGCAAUGAAUUCAACAGUUUUCCACAUCAUAGCAGUGCCCAUCAGGUUAUUAUUCAAUCUCUAUGUGUACCUGCCGGACAGGUAGACAUAAAGUUGGGCCAUACUAGGCUAUAUUUUUUAAAUGGGGACUGGAAUUUGAAAUACACGUUGAUAAACUACAAGGGCUCAGAAUGCAUAAUGCAUGCAGGUGCAUUCAAAAAUCCUGUUGUGUGUGUGGGUGCAUGUUUUUAUACUUUAAACUUUUUACGUUUUUUACCUAUCCUUUCCUAUCUGUGUCACAGAUUUGAUCAUCAUGUAA